UUGUUUUCUAAUGGAAUGAGCUUUACCUUUUUCAUUCAAAUAUUUUCCUUAUCUAGGUACAAUAUAUAAUAGAUCAGUUAUAUAAAUACAUUUCACAAACUUUUGAUUGUUAUAAGGAUAAAUAUCGCUUAAUAAUUAAGACAAUUAUUGUCUGUAAAGAAAACAAUAAGCGAAUUGUGUAUACCUGUAACAUAAUUUUAUUUUCAUAUUGCUUCUUAUUAUUUACAUCCUUGCUCUAUUUCGAUUGGUUAUACCACUCCUGCUGUGAAUUUCAGACAAAAACAGAUUUAAUCAUCAUAGGCCUAUAUGCUUAUUGGCAAGAUACAAUAAAUCGGACUUGGUCAAGAGACUGAAUGGCAGAAAUAUUAUGUACAGCAUACUUCGUUACAAUGUGUAAUAUAAUAAUGCUUUUAGUAUUUGUGGUUAACUGGAAGCAAGCAAUUGGACAGCAGUUUUUACCUGAUAUGAAAGACGUCAGUGUAUUAGAAGGAGAGUCAGUGACAGUCAAAUGCUUCCUUGAAGGUGAUUUAUCCGAGGGUAUUAGUAUUUCUUGGUGGAAAAGUGAUCGUCAGAUUAGUGCCGAAAACGGUAUAGUUAUCAAAGAUCCAAGAUUAACCGCAAAUUUGGCAGAAAUUCCAGAUACUAAUAAAAUAAUGUAUUGGUUAGUUAUAUCAUCAUCAGUAAGGCAAGAUGAAGGCAAUUAUUAUUGCAGGAUAUCGCAUCCUUAUGAAAAACAGUCGGAGUUCGCUCACGUGACUAUUCUACAAAAGCCUUCAAGUGAAUACCCUCAAUGUUUAAAAUCAAGAAAAAGUUAUAUUGCUGGCUCGGAUGUAAAACUAACAUGUAUUUCAGAGGUAGUUUUACCUCCUGUGGAAUUACGAUGGUCACGUAGGCCUACUUCACUAACAAUACCACCAAUGCAUGUAAGUAAAGAGAUGCGUGACAAUAUUGCUUAUAAACAUCUUCAGUUCACUGCAAGAAAGGAGGACAAUGAACAAACGUUCGUCUGUGAACAGCAUACAGAAGUUAUGUCGGACACUUUAAAUUGUACAAUUAGCGACCUUAAUAUACAAUAUAAUCCUGAAGUUAAAAUACGACACACUAAUGCAAUAUAUGCGGGAUCAAAUUCUAUAUUGUUUUGUCAAUCAGUUGCUAAUCCUCCUGUAGCGACAUUUAGAUGGACAUUUCAACCAAUGCUAGAGCCAUACGAAUAUGAGACUGAAGGGCAAGUAUUGCGACUUCUUAAACUAGCAGUCACUAGAAAUGGAACACAUGUCACGUGCACAGCCACAAACCGUGUAGGUAGCGGUGUUGAUUCAUUUUAA